ACACACCCGCCCUCGUGCGCGACUUCGACUUCAUGACGACUAACCUGGCCGACAAGACAGCGCAGGUUGUGGACGCCCGGCCGCCUGGCAGGUUCAACGGGACAGAACCAGAACCAAGGGCAGACUGCGAACCUGGUCACAUCCCGAACAGUCUGAACAUGCCGUUCGGUAAGAUCCUGGACCCGGAGAGUAAAACCGUCAAACCUCCGGAGAAACUUCGGGAAGUGUUCGCGGCUGCAGGUGCAGACCUAUCUGGCCCGAUGGUAGCGACCUGUGGUUCAGGCAUGACGGCCUGCGGACUGGUGCUGGCCGCCUAUCUGUGCGGGAAGGAAGACGUGCCGGUGUUCGAUGGGGCAUGGGUCGAGUGGUUCAAACGUGCCAAGCCGGAGAACAUCAUUUCUGAGGCUAAAAAAGAGUAGCGGGGUCUCAAGAUUCAACAGUCAGUCCCUCAUGGGAUGGGGUUGUAAGUGAGCCUCGUCAUUGUGUUGCCAAACAAGAGUUGCAGUAUCGUAAAGUAUAUUUUUCCUUGUAGCUGGCACACUGCGGUUAUCAUAACCAGGAAUGUAGAAAUGCACUAUCACUUGCUUCAACAGGGUCAAUUUUAUUGGAACAGACUAGAAAUAGGACAAGAAGAAAACAGACCUUUGUGCCUUUUUAUAAAGAUGGACUGGGGUGACAUAUCGAUUGAGCUUUGAAAUAUUUUUGACAGUUGAUCGUCCAAAUUUAACCGCAAUAAUUAAAUGGUGCGGUUGCCGGAAAGAUGGAUGCGGCGAGCCAGUGAAGAUCCUGAUCACUACUAUCUCUGCGACCCAAUCUCUGCUUUGAGAAUAGCAAGAUUGGUUAAAUUCUUAAUUUUCAAGUUGUAUGACAAAAGAAACCUGUCUGGUGUACCAUAACUACAUGGACCAGCCCUCAAGUACUAGUACCUCACGUGACUCAAGUUAAUGGUUGUAUUCUAUCUGUCAAAAGAAGAGGAUAAGUUGGAACAAAUUAUCUAAAAUCCACAGCGUGUAGAACGCGCACUUGACAAAGUUGCAAAGAUGUAAAUUUGCUUUCAAAGCGAGUCAAAAUGCAAUCUGAUGUACAUGAUCAUUUGAGUUAAACUGAACAGAUAUAUCUAAACAAUUUCAGUCAUUAUUUAGUGACAACACUGUUUUAUGUAUCUAGAACUGUAUACAUACUCACGAUUCCUGUCAAUGCACGUAUUGUAACGACUAGUUUUUAUCACUUUCCGUCACUUGUGAAUGAAUAAAUCAUAUGCAAAACGA